AUGACAUCACAACGAUAAAUAAUUGACUCAGUAGAAUAAAUUCUCAUACCUGGGAAUGUCUAAUUGAUCGAUUUUGGGUUAUCUUAAAAUUUAGGAAAUCAAAAGUUCUUAAAAGAAACCUUUAUUGGUUCAAUAAGAUUUGCCAGUCGUCAAUCUCAUAAAAAGGAAUAGCUGGGUUAUAAAGAUGAUCUUGAAAGCCUACUUUAUGUUUUAGCAUACUUAAGAAAAAGUAAUUGAAAUAAUACCCCUAGAAAAAUUACCGUGGCAAUAGACCUAAUAAAAAGCUUUUUAAUUAAUGGAUAUUAAAAGGAUCGGUAUUUUAAAAGAUUAGGGUUAUGAAACAAGUAUGCUUUCCUAAUAAUUUCCCCCUUAAUUUUAUCAGUUUUAGUUGUAUAUUGAUACCUUAACACCUUCCUAGAUGCCUGAUUAUAAUUACAUAGAAGAAUUAUUCAAAUAAAUGCUUAAAUUAAAUUAACCUCCAAUAACACCAUCUUUUCCAAAACCUUCUCCUUGGUUUUCAAAAUACAAAGAAUUAGAAGAUUAAGAAUACAUUAAAUUGAGCGAAUCAGUCUCCAGUGUGGAUGGAGAUGCAAGAGCGAUAAUAAUCUCUGAUUUAAUUAAAGCUUACACAACUAUAGGAAUUAAAUCCAUAAAAGACAUUAAUUUUUGA